AUGAAGUCACCAUCUUCUUCUCCACCUCCUUCCUCCGUGUUCAGAAAGGCGAGGCCUCCUCGUCGACUUUUCACCUUCUUAGCCUUAAUCUUCUUUGUCACCAUCCUUUAUGGCCGAGAUAUGAGUUGUAUAUUUAGCCAACUUGAUCUCAAUCCAAAGCAAACAGACUCAAUUACCAAGAAGGGGAGGGAAAAGUUGCCUUUUUCCAUUGGAGAAGCUGAGAGAGGCUGUGAUAUCUUUAGUGGGAGGUGGGUGAGGGAUGAGACUCGGCCGCUUUACGAGGAAGACGACUGUCCGUACAUCCCAGCGCAGCUCGCUUGUCAAAAAUAUGGCCGGCCGGACAAGGAUUAUCAGCGUUGGAGAUGGCAACCUCAUAACUGUUCUAUUCCAAGUUUCAAUGCAACACUAAUGCUUGAAAGCCUUCGAGGAAAGACGAUGAUGUUUGUUGGUGAUUCACUAAAUCGAGGCCAAUUUAUUUCCUUGGUCUGCCUUCUUCACAAAGUCAUCCCUGAACAUGCCAAAUCCAUGGUUUUGAAAGAUUCGAAGAGAACUUUUAUAGCCAAGGAAUAUAAUGCUACAAUAGAGUACUACUGGGCACCCUUUCUUCUUGAGUCGAACUCGGAUAAUGCCAUUGUACACAGGGUAACAGAUAGAAUUGUUCGCAAUGGCUCGAUUGAUAAGCAUGGACAGCGAUGGAAAGGAGCAGAUAUAAUUGUAUUCAACACUUAUCUUUGGUGGAUGGCAGGCGAGAAAUUCAAAAUACUACGAGGAUCUUUUGAUGAUAAAAUAAAAGACAUAGUCAAGGUGCCAACGGUGGAAGCUUAUAGCAUGGCAAUAAGAACUAUGCUGAGAUGGAUAGAGCAGAACGUGGAUCUUAAGAAAACAAGAGUUUUUUUCAGCAGCAUGUCCCCUUCUCAUGAAAAGAGCAAAGAUUGGGGUGGUGAUCCAAAUGGUAACUGUUACAACGAAACGAAGAUGAUAGAAGAUCCUACAUAUUGGGGAUCCAACACUUGGAAAAACAUAAUGCAGGCAAUUGGGGAACUGUUUAGUGAAACGAACAUUCCCAUUACAUUUCUCAACAUCACACAGCUCUCGAAUUACAGGAAGGAUGCGCAUACAACAAUUUACAAGAAGCAAUGGGCGCCUUUAACCCCAGAGCAGAUAGCAAACCCCAUUAGCUAUGCUGAUUGUGUGCACUGGUGCUUGCCUGGCGUGCAAGAUAAUUGGAACGAGCUUUUUUUCGCCAAGUUUUUCUAUCCUUAA